ACUGGCACUGGUACAGUGUACGUUCAGUUCUGCUCCCGAUCAGUAAUUCUAAAACUCAAAGAUGAAAGUUAAUAUGUCCUAUCUAGUUUUACUGGCAUGCGCAGUCGGUAGUCCAACGGAAACGUUUGCAUUACCGUCUUCUCCAUAUACAGAAGGACUGGAAAAUACAACCGAAAGUAUAACCCAAGGAGCAACUGCAGGCGUCACCGAUGGAACAACCGAAGGUAUAACGGAUGCCACAACUGAAGGAACAACCGAAAGGUUCACCGAAACAACAACAGAUAGUACAACUCAAGGACCAACGAGUACAGUAGAAAGGACAACUCAAACUGCAACCGAAAGUACAACUGGAACUACGUGGCCCAGUACAACGGCUGCUCCUUGCGCCACGGGCUUCAACGGGAAAAUGGCACACCGCUCCGAUUGCACUCGUUACAUAAUUUGCAAGGAUUAUCUGGAGACAGUGUUUGAUUGCCUCGAAGGAUAUAUCUACUAUGAACCGUUUGAUGCUUGUUUGCCGGGAAACGUCAAAACUUGUACAUUGUAUAGAAUUUGAAGUGCUAGUGCGAAUGUGUGAGAGCAUAUUCUUCAUUUAGAAAUAUAAUUUUUAUAAGAUAGAAAAUGGUUAUUCAACACAAAUAUGCAUUUGGAGAAUUCGUGAUAUUGUGCUAAUUGGAUUAUUCGAUAUAAUAUACAGUCAGUCCAUAAUCAUGGGUCACACACAAUUAUGGUUCAUUUUAGCUUUUUCUGCUAUUAUACGAAGUGAUUGAAAAAAUUGUUACUCAUAAGUAGCACUAAUAAUUUGAUCAAUCAUUAGCUGAUAUUUAAACGCCAAUCAGCAGCUAGAGCUAAAAUGACCCACAAUUGUGUGUGACCCAUGAUUGUGGACUGACUGUAGCUAUAAUAGAAUACAAAUAAGCAAAGC